CGCAGCUUUCCAUUGAAGCCGCUCAGCGCCAACGAACCCGAAAGCUUGCAUGCUGAGCAUCUCCAGGUCUGUCCUUGUCGCUGCCGCAACCCACUGUUUUAUCUCUGCCCAAUCGAUAUUUCCUUGCCUCCAGUAAAGCCGCUCAGGUGCGAGUAUUGCGGCACCCAAUCUUUGGUGCUUGAUUCCGCCACGACUUGCUCUACGUAGCUGCAGCUCCCUCCCAGUCUCCUCCAGUCCUGGGAAUGACUGAAUGAAUGGCACCGUAGUAGAGCAACCUCAGCUCUACUUCAGCUUUACCUCGCACUGAACCUAUCAGCAUGACUACAGUCCGCAUCUGCGUCUGCGGCGACGAGGGCACCGGCAAAUCGAGCCUCAUUGCUUCCCUCGUCAAGGACGUCUUUGUGAGCAACAAGAUACAGUCCGUCCUGCCCCAGAUCACCAUCCCCCCGAGCAUAGGCACGCCAGAAAAUGUCACCACGACCAUCGUCGACACAUCUGCCCGCCCACAAGACCGCACCGUCCUGCGCAAGGAGAUCCGAAAGUGCAAUGUCAUCCUGCUCGUAUACAGCGACCACUACAGCUUCGAGCGAGUCGCCCUUUUCUGGAUGCCCUAUUUCCGCUCCCUCGGCGUCAACGUGCCAGUUGUGAUAUGCGCCAACAAGUCCGACCUCGCUCGGGACAGCGAUACGCCCCAGGUGGUCGAGGAAGAGAUGCUUCCUGUCAUGACCGAAUUUAGGGAGAUCGACUCGUGUAUCCGUUCAAGCGCAAGAGAACACAGCAACGUCAACGAGACCUUUUUCUUGUGUCAAAAAGCCGUCACCCACCCCAUCGCACCUCUAUAUGACCACAAGGAAGGGGAUCUCAAGCCAGCUUGCGUGUCGGCUUUGAAGAGGAUAUUCUACCUCUGCGACAAGGACCAGGAUGGCUAUUUGAACGACGACGAGAUGCACAAGUUUCAGGCCAAAUGCUUUGGAAAGCCCCUGGCUGCAGAAGACCUGGAGAACAUCAAACAGUCUAUAUCAAAGUCUAUCCCCAGGUACAGCACCGAAAACGGCAUAGACAUGCGCGGGUUUUUGCAACUCAACAAAUUCUAUGCUGAAAAGGGGCGGCAUGAGACUAUCUGGGUCAUCCUGCGAAACUACCGCUAUACAGACAGUCUGAGCUUGGAGGACAGCUUCAUCCAUCCUAAAUUCGAGGUACCGGAAUAUGCAUCGGCCGAACUCGGUCCAGCUGGCUACCGAUUCUUCGUAGAUCUCUUCCUGCUCUUCGACAAGGACAAUGACGGUGGGCUCAACGACCAGGAGCUGGCAGCCCUAUUUGCCCCAACUCCCGGAUUGCCGCAGUCAUGGCUUGAGACGUCCUUCCCGUCGUCGACUGUGCGCAAUGAGGCAGGUCAUGUGACCUUGCAAGGCUGGCUUGCUCAGUGGAGCAUGACAACCUUCCAAGAGCCCAAAACAACUAUCGAGUAUCUAGCAUAUCUUGGCUUCGAGCCGUUCGGUGCAAGAGUCACUCUGACUUCGGCGCUGAAGGUCACCAAGGCUCGUAAACGGAGAAAUCGACCUGGCCGGGUUGAGCGAAACGUUGUGCUAUGUUAUGUCAUUGGCGCGGGUGGAGCUGGAAAGUCGAGCUUGCUUGACUCCUUCUUGAACAGGCCCUUUGACAGCUUGUACCACCCGACCAUCAAGCCACGUAGGGCCGUGAACAGUGUUGAGCUGCCUGGAGGCAAGCAAUGCUACCUUAUCCUCGAAGAGCUGGGCGAGCUCGAGCCGGCCAUUCUGGAAAACCAGGCCAAGCUCGACGCGUGUGAUUUGAUAUGCUACGCCUACGACUCGUCAGAUCCCGACUCCUUUUCGCAUAUCGUGGAUCUGCGCCAACGUUUCCCCCAGCUGGAUGCACUGCCCGCUGUUUACACCGCUCUCAAAGCCGACAAGGAUAAGGCGACGCAGCGCAGCGAGCUCCAACCAGACCAAUACACCUCUGGUCUCAUGAUGAGUUCUCCGUUACAUGUCAGUGUGACGUGGAACAGCAUUAGCGAGUUCUUUGUUGCCCUUGCUGAAGCGGCUACGAACCCAAGCACUGGUUUCCCGAAAAACGAGGAGCCUCCUUCCGACAACUCAAGCUACUUCAUAGCUGCGGGUGCCGUCCUGUGCGCCGGUGUGGCCGCAUUCAUGAUCUGGCGGCGGUCCACAAAUGCUGCUUAGCAGGCAGUGACUGUUGUUCUCGGUUGCCCCUGAUUUCCUUUGUUGCUUCUCUCUUCCUUCCUCUUUAACCCCAUAAUCGAGCAUAUUCCGUUUUAAUUUCGGCAUUUUCUGGAGCUGGGGCGUGUCGUUUUCCAGGGGCGAGUUUGAGAUUCAGCGGUUUUUGAUACCCCCCUCUCAUGACCUAUACGCAUAUAUUUUAGAGGAGAAUAAGACGUACAUAGGCAUAAUCCCAAGCAUAAAACAAUAAUUAUGAUAAAACGACACAUCU